UUGAGCAAACUUCUUCAACAACACCUUCCAGCUUCUUCUUUCUUUGGUCUGAUAAGUGAGGGAAGAAAAUAUGAGCACUGAAGUGAUUGGAGCUGUGAACACAAAUGACAGCAAGGAUGAGGAGAAGAUUCGUACGAACAAAAGCAAUGGCUCAGUUGUCUGCAAUAACUCAGGAGGUUGGAGAUAUGCCAGUUUCUUGCUAGCAAAUCAAGGCCUAGCAACGCUAGCUUUCUUUGGAGUUGGAGUGAACUUGGUUUUAUUCUUAACUAGAGUUCUUGGCCAGGAUAAUGCUUCCGCUGCCAAUAGCGUUAGCAAGUGGACUGGAACAGUUUACAUGUGUUCAUUGAUUGGGGCAUUCCUUAGUGAUUCAUAUUGGGGUCGCUAUUUUACAUGUGCAGUCUUUCAGCUAAUACUUGUGCUGGGUCUAGGUCUGUUGUCAAUUUCCUCUUGGGUUUUCUUGAUAAAACCUGAGGGAUGUGGGGAUGGAGAAGUACGCUGCAGCGCCUCAUCACCUGCUGGCAUAGCAAUCUUCUACAUAUCGAUGUAUCUUGUGGCCUUUGGGUAUGGAGGGCAUCAACCAACUAUAGCCACAUUUGGGGCAGACCAAUUUGAUGAGCUGCAUCCCAAGGAAAGGAUCUCAAAAGAAGCAUUUUUCAGUUACUUUUACUUUGCACUUAACGUUGGUUCGCUUUUCUCAAACACAUUAUUGGUCUAUUAUGAGGAUACUGGGAGAUGGACACUAGGUUUCUUGGUUUCAUUAGCUUCAGCUGUAAUUGCCUUGGUGUCAUUCUUGUUGGGGACACCAAGGUAUAGGUACAUAAAACCCUGUGGCAAUCCUUUGCCUCGUGUUGCUCAAGUAUUUGUUGCUGCUUUUAGGAAAUGGGAUUUUAUACCAGCUAAUGUAGGUGACCUGUAUGAGGUUGAUGGACCAGAAUCUGCAAUCAAAGGGAGUAGAAAGAUCCUUCACAGUGAUGAUUUUGUGUUCUUGGACAAGGCAGCUACAGUAACAGAUAAUGAUUUGUGUGGUCCAGCAGAUUCAUGGAGGCUUUGCACUGUAACUCAGGUUGAAGAAGCCAAAUGCGUCCUAAAAAUGUUACCUAUUUGGGCCUGUACUAUAAUUUACUCUGUCGUCUUCACGCAAAUGGCUUCCCUAUUUGUUGAGCAAGGAAAUGUAAUGUCCUCCACCCUAGGAAACUUUCACCUGCCAGCUGCCAGCAUGUCUGCUUUUGAUAUCUGCAGUGUUCUCAUUUGCACUGGAAUCUAUCGCCAAAUUCUUGUGCCUUUAGCUGGACGAUUAAGUGGUAAUCCUAAAGGAUUGACUGAGCUUCAAAGAAUGGGAAUUGGCCUCAUCAUUGGAAUGUUAGCAAUGGUUGCUGCCGGUAUAACUGAGAUGCAAAGACUCAAAUAUGUUGCUCCUGAUCAAAAGAUAAGCUCUUUAAGCAUAUUUUGGCAGGUUCCACAAUAUGUACUAGUUGGCGCUUCUGAAGUUUUCAUGUAUGUUGGUCAAUUGGAGUUCUUCAAUGGACAAGCUCCAGAUGGGAUUAAAAGCUUUGGAAGCUCCCUCUGCAUGGCUUCAAUUUCUUUUGGCAACUAUAUGAGUAGCAUGCUGGUCAACAUGGUUAUGGCAAUCACAGCCAGAGGAAGCAGCCCUGGCUGGAUCCCUAAUGACUUGAACGAAGGCCAUAUGGACAGGUUCUACUUCCUCAUCGCAGCACUGGCAGCUCUUGAUUUUGUGGUUUACUUGUUCUGUGCUAAACGGUACAAGUGCAUCAACCUUGAGGAUGAUGGGAAGGCAACUGAAAUGCAAGGCCAAGAAGACGAUGCUCUUAGAAGAGUUUAAGACCUUUAGCGUCCUAAAUAGGUGAUCUAGUUUCUUCCUAAAGUUUGAAUAAGUUAUAUCAGCAGUGAUCCAUUUCUCUAGGCAAAGCAUGACCUCUGUUUUGUCACUUGUGGGGGAUGAUUGCUUUGUUAGGUUCUAAAGGUGAAAUCAAUCUUCUAGAUUGGUGAAUUUGGUUAUCUUUUGUUGAAGCCUUUAGGAUUUGGUGCACAUGCAUGACAAUAAUGGUUUUUCAUUGAU